AUGAGUGGCUCGCUCUCUCAGAUGCUGUAUGCGAACGCGAAGGCGGACGGGACCGCGAUUGCUUGCUCGUGGGCAAUAAACACGGUGGUAGGAGGCGGCGUUUUUGUGCUGGCGGGCGGCGGGGCGAAUCGAGGCGGCGACGCAGGCGGCGUUUCCUCCUCCGACGAGCUCCGCGGCGAAGCCUCGACAGACCAACGCAUCGCCUUGGCCGCUGUGCCAGCUUCUGCGAGAGCCCGCUUGCUGCAGGCGGGGAGCGCUGCGGAGUCGGCUGCGGCGGGCAGCAGCACGGGCGCGGCGGCAAGCGCUAGCAGGAGCGCCGCCUCCUCCGAAGCCUGA